CUGCAUGAAUGCGCUGCAGCGUUGAGUUGAGUUCUGCUGCUGUGUGAAACGAGAUACGAAUGAAUGCAUGAACGGUGUCGCCUACGAACCGACGUGCUGCUCACACGUGAGGGCAUCGCAGGCCGGUUGUGUGUGGACCUGGUGCCUCCCUGAUUAAACCCUGACUGAGCACGUGUCCUGACUAACAAUCCAGAACCAUGACGGCCAUCCACGCACCUCGGGACAAAUACAAUGCCGUAUGGAUUAUUUUCUUCAUCCUGGGCUUGGGAACCCUCUUACCCUGGAACUUCUUCAUGACAGCAACAAUGUACUUCACCAGUAGGCUGAAGGACUCCCCUUCUACAGACCUUUCCUCCAAUCAGACGUUAAACAGGACCUUGGAGACUGGGGACACGCGCAAUGUGCUGGAGGCAAAGUUUAACAACGUGAUGACACUCUGUGCCAUGGUGCCCCUGCUCAUUUUCACCUGCCUCAACUCCUUUAUUCACCAGAGGAUUCCACAGAAACUGCGGAUCUCUGGCAGCCUGACGGUCAUCCUGGUUGUUUUCCUGUUGACAGCUGUGCUUGUCAAGGUCAACGUGGCCCCACUGGCCUUCUUUACCCUCACCAUGAUCAAAAUCGUCUGCAUCAAUUCGUUCGGGGCGAUUCUUCAGGGCAGUCUGUUCGGGCUAGCAGGGAUUCUGCCUGCCUCCUACACCACACCCAUCAUGAGCGGACAGGGGCUGGCCGGCACCUUCGCUGCUUUCUCCAUGAUCUGUGCACUGGCCUCUGGAUCAGCCCUGCAGGACAGCGCUUUUGGUUACUUCAUCACAGCCUGUGUUGUUAUCCUGUUGGCCAUAAUGUCCUACAUCAUUCUGCCCAGAAUGGAGUUUUUCCAGUACUACAUGGAGAGCAAUGUACCCAGACCCUCUGCUGACGAGGAGAACAAGAUGGACUUGCUCAGGAAAGAUAGUGCUGCAGAGAAGAGACCUGUGGUGAGUCUGACGGACGAGGAGCUCAAACCCAGCGUGUCUGUGUUCAACAUCUUCAAACAGAUCUGGGUGAUGGCUCUAUCCGUGUGCUUCAUCUUCACUGUCACCAUCGGUACUUUCCCAGCAGUCACAGUUGAGGUCAAGACAACAGUAGCCAACGGAGGCCCCUGGGAAAUGUACUUCAUCCCUGUGUCAUGUUUCCUCCUCUUUAACACGAUGGACUGGGCUGGCAGGAGUCUGACGGCCUUCUGUAUGUGGCCCGGUAAAGACAGCCUCUUGCUACCUGUGUUUGUGGCUCUGCGGGUCUUCUUCAUCCCCCUCUUCAUGCUGUGUAACGUCCAGCCUCGUCACUAUCUCCCCGUGCUGUUCUCUCACGACGCCUGGUACAUCAUCUUCAUGAUCUUCUUCUCCUUUUCCAACGGAUACCUGGCCAGUCUCUGCAUGUGCUUUGGACCAAAGAAGGUGUCACAGCACGAGGCAGAGACGGCGGGGGCCAUCAUGGCCUUCUUCUUGUCCCUGGGCUUAGCUCUGGGUGCUGCUGUGUCAUUUGCUUUCCGUGCCAUGAUCUAAGCUCUUCAUUAGACCACCUCACCAUCCAACACUCCCGGUCCUCACCCUGUUCAGGAGAGUACGCGGCAGACGAGGGGAACAGUAUUCUUAAGUGUACAGUAGAGACUUGUCUCAACCACCUCAACGACAGUAGAAGCUGAGAUAUGUUACUGAAUUUUAUUUAGUUUUAAUUUGAGCAGUGUGUGAACGUGUGCUAUUCCUCAUGUUUCCAAACGAUGCCAUUGAUCCCAACACACAUCAUGAGCUCAAACAGUUCUUAUAAAGACGACAUGAACACAGCAUCCCAGAGCCUCAUUAAUAAAAAAAAAAGUUAUUCUGCACCCAAUAACCUGGAAAUGUUAAAACAUCAACAUUUUCAGAAGUCAUAAGUUUAGUUCACUUUGUUUCAUAUUCUUAAUAUCAUAAUUACAUGACAUAUUUUUUUUAUAAAUGAGGCUCUUCAACUCUUUUGUUUUGUUUGUCAUGAUUAACCAGUAAUACUAUUACUGUAUUAUUUGUACAAAAAACUAUUUGUAAACUAUGUUACUAGCUAUUACACUUUUACAGUACAUGUUUACACAUCGAAUCUCAAACAUCACUCUGGACUGUGUGCUGAUCAAGCCAAAAACAAAAAGACAACAUGGGGAAAAGAUGAACUUUGACAGAAGUGAUGACCCAUCAGCCGCUUUGCUCCCUUGCUCUACUUUCACCAUGGACUCUGAUCUCUUGUGUUUCUGUGUGUGUGUGUACGCGUAUGUGUGUGUGUGUGUGUGUGCACAAGUUUCCCUCUAACAAACUAUCGAGUUCUAAUAAAUGUAAGGACGAACGGAAGCUUGAAGACGAGGUUCAAAUUGAUGAUCUGGGCCAUUUCCAGCUGAAUAAUAAUUGUUUUAGCGUGUGUGUUGUUUAGAUUAACGUGUAACAGUGUGGCUUUCUUCAUUUACAGUUUGAUUUACUAAAUAGAACCAGAGGUCACAUUUUCUGCUUGGAGUUCAGCCCACGUGUUUUCUUUUGUUUUGUUUUUUACUGUUACUGUGUCUUCCUGAAGAGAAUCAGCAUGAUGUAUUUUUUAAUGCAGAAAAAGAGAAAAAUAUGCAACUGUCUUGUGACUGGAAAUGUGCCAUGAGGAGCGAGACUUUUAAGUUCUUACUGUGACAUUUCUCAUUUAACGUGGACUCUGGAAGAUCAUUUUUAUACUGAAUAUAGUUUGUAGUAUGUUUUUCAAACUUUACCAUGUGGCUCUCGCGGAGUUAUUUUUGUUAUAAAAUUGGGGGUUGUUUAUAGGCCCUCUCUCUAUCAGUGUUAUAUUUGAAUUGCUUUGCAGUCUUGUGGCCUUUGUCAUCCUUUCCACAGUAUUAUUCAUAACAAUGGCGGUUUACAGCCAAACAUCACGUUUUAAUGCAAAAGUUGGUUUGUUAUAAAUGUGUUGGCAUGGACAUUUAAAAUGUUACAUUUAUUACAGCUAUAAACAGCUCUGUGAUCAAAUAAAACUGUGUAUUUUUUAAGAAUGUG